AUGAGAGCUGAAGAGAGCGAGUUGGGUGCUGGGCCUUCAGAUCAAUUCUGCAGCCGGCAGCCGCGUGUAGACAUCUACUUCAUGCUGGAGGCUUUGACGGCUCGCUUGGGUGUCGUCGUCGUUACCACGAAUGAACUUCAGUGGCAGCUCGACGGCGAUGCCACCGUGUUGAACGACGACUACUGUUGCACCGUAGCCAAAGUAUGGGGUCGCAAAACAGGAGACCCCCCGUCUAGAUUCAGGAGGGGAGAGGACACACUUCAGGGAGGAAAGGAACUCUUAGCUGUUCCUGUGAGGCUGCAGUUUUUGAGCAUGGAACUUCAAGGCAGAAGCUCGCGUCUUCAAACUACUUUAGAACUUUAA